GCUCCCUCUGUAUGCGGGAUAAGUUUAUAAAGCAAGAUAGAAUGCACUGAGCGGGCCUAGUUUUACUCUACUCGUGGUGCGGUUGGGAAUUUUUCACUUUUGACUUAUCCUAAAAAUAAAGUAAAACUAUAAACCAUGAAGAAACUGGUAUUUUACAUGUUAUGGCUCACAUGCCAUAAUAUAUGCGUCGAAUGUGUAGAAGAAUCUGAUAAAGCAGUAGUUGCAUCAGAUUCCACGACAAAGGCAAAAAGAUACUUACAUCAUGGUGUAUCACACGAUUCUUCAUCACCUUGUCCGCCGUUUUAUCCUCAUUUCCAUACGUCUAGAAUUCCGAUGCAUGCAAUAAAGUCAUAUGGCCCGCCACCAUAUCCGAAGCCAAUUUAUGGACCACCAGUAGCAAGUCAUGCGGUCCAGUACAUCCAUCAGCCAACGUAUAUGUCCUACGUACCAAAACAAACAGUUUCUUACGUACAUGCAAAACCUCAAGUUUCAAUGCCGCUUUAUCAUUACCUUCCACCAAAGCCAAUGGUUCAUCACGACAUACCGAUUCAGCACCUCGUAAAACAGCAGGCUCAGUGGCAGUAUCAACCACAUUUAGUGAAUUACGAGAAGCCACAUUUCGCUUACGCUCCAACUUAUCACAAACCAAUGAUUCAACAAGUCUCAUAUGUGAAGGGCUUGGAAAGUUCAAUAAAUUAUCAUCCAGUCCAAGCAACUAAUUUUAUAGCUAAACCUGGUAUUGUCUAUAAAUCUGAGUCACAUUACUGUGAACCAUGUCAUCAAACUCCACUGAAACCUCUUGUGCAUAAACCACUACCUCAGAUCGUUCAUGCUCCACCCUCUUACGUAAAGCCCGUUGUUCAUCACCCAGCACCCAUAAAACCUGCGUCUUAUUACCUUCCAGCUCAAUCACAUCCGCAACUGCCAAUUAUCAAACACUCUGGACAUGAAUAUCCUUGCAGUAAAUAAUUUAAUUGAAUCUCAAAUUACUCAUUAAUUUGAUGAAAGUAUUUUUGUAAAGAAAUAUUUGUAAUAAAAUCAAUUUAAUUAUCAUAA